AUGGCUGAUUACUCCUGGAUGGCUUCAUUUGGAAUUUUACGACCUCACGAGGUUUUCACCAUCUCACCAUCACAGCAUUCAGGGCGUCCUUCAGCGGUCGGAUGCACACUGACGACCGAUCGUAACGAAAUGCCAAUCUUUUUGGAGAGUGGUUGCGCGAGUCGUAAGGGCCAAAGUUUCAAUUUACACGUUUUCAGUUUCUCGAGAGCUCAUUUGCUGAUAACUCAGGCUUGCAGUGUUGUGCCGGCUUGCCAGUGUCAACAGCUGGCAACGCGAAAACGCCUUUGUUUACCAACUUCCGCGAGCACAAACAUCAUCUCCUCUCUUCACUUGCACAACCUCACACCAUCGGCAGUCAAUCACACUCAUUCACACACAAUAGCUCCAGAGGCCUCUCGAGAAAUGCGCGGACAUCACUCUCAUGCCUCCAAGAGGCGCCGUUCAAUCGACAGCCAAGAGCGAAACACCAACGACAACAAGCGCCCGCGAAUCUACGAUGAUUCCGCCCAAUCGCAAAGAAUCCCCGCCGAUCCAUCCGACCCAUCGACGAUCCCCUUGUCGGACGGACGAAGCGCAGCGACCGCCCCCAACCAUGGGAACCUUGGUAAUGCCUACCAGGGCUACCACCAGUCGAUUGGGAACGGGCAAUAUCGAGUACCCAGGGCCCCUACUCUGAAGGUGGUUGAAAGAGCCACGGUCCUUUGCCAGCCCAUUCCCUUCUCCGAUCAGCGCCAGCUCUCAGUCCUGGACAUCAGCUUCGGGUCAACUUGCCAGACCAACUUCUGUGCAAAGCUUGAUGGGUUUACCAAUAUGUGGGUGGCCAAACUCAGCUGCACGGAUCUCUGUGAUGAGCUUUUUCGCCACAUCCUGGGAGAAGACGAUACGCGCCUACUAUGUAGCAUCAUGGCCGGUGAAAAGCAGUCCAGUCAGGUUGUGAGAAUGUACUCGGGUUAUACUGGGCUCACGGGCUUUUAUCGCAAUACAGUUCACAUCAUUAUGUGGCCUCAAGCCGAGCCCGGGAAUGGCCCUUCGCGAGAUAUGAAUCUGGGAGAGGAGGCGGGUCUCAGAGAGUUCGUGGAGAUGAUUGGGGGUUGCUGGAUCGAGUAG